GACCCCUUUGGUUCUUCCCCACGUUCUCCAACUCUCACAUAGGCUAUGCGAGGUGCCAGCAGUGGGCGCCUGGAACACUGCUGCCCCUGCCACCCGGACCCCGGGGUCCUUCCCCGCGUCCUCCAACAUUCAGACAGCUCGGGCUACGCCAGGUGCCAGCGGUGGGCGCCUGGGACGCUGCUGCCCCUGCCACCCGGUGCAGAUGGCUUGCUGA